CCCCGCCCCACUGCCCUGCCGAGCGACCCCGCCAGUCGGGUCCAUCCUGCAGUAAAUGCACAACCGGGACGGAAGUGCCUCUCUGACGGCGGACCCAGGCUCGGAGCUUCAGACGCUGGGACAGGCCGCCCGCAGACCACCCCCGCCGCGCGCGGGACACGACGCCCCCCGCAGGACCCGCCCAUCAUCCCGGAAACCCGCGAGCUGCUUCUCCCGGAGGCCGAUGCCCACCCGGGAGCUCCCAAAGACUCGCGGCUCCCGGGGGCACCUGCAGACUCACCCGCCUGGGCCUGGGCCCCCGCUGCAAGGACUGGCGCCUGGAGGCCUCAAAACCAGCGCCCCCCGCCCUCCGUGCCAGCCCCAGCCAGGACCCCACAAGGCAAAGCCGAGGAAGAUUGUGUUUGAGGAUGAGCUGCUCGCCCAGCCCCUCCUGGGUGCCAAGAACCCUAUUGGAGCCAUCCCUAAGGGGCAUAAGCCUAGGCCCCACCCAGUGCCCGACUAUGAGCUUAAGUACCCACCGGUGAGCAGUGAGAGGGAACGGAGCCGCUAUGCUGCAGUGUUCCAGGACCAGUACGGAGAGUUCUUGGAGCUCCAGCGGGAGGUGGGGUGUGCACAGGCAAAGCUCAGGCAGCUGGAGGCCCUGCUGAGCUCCCUGCCCCCACCCCAAAGCCAGAAGGAGGCCCAAGUUGCAGCCCGGGUUUGGAGGGAGUUUGAGAAGAAGCGAACGGUUCCAGUGACUCUCGUGCCUCAGCCUCCCAAGUAGCUGGGAUUACAGGCUCCUGCCACCACGCCUGGCUACAGAAGGGCAUCUUUGAUGGAGGACUUGCCUCUGCGUGACAGGAGAUCAGUGAGAGGUGCCACCCCCACCACCAUUCGGGCCCUUUCUCUCUGCCUCCUUACAGCUCUGGUGCUCAAUUCCACAGGUGCGUUCCCACCACAGAGUGGUGCCACAGACUCCCGAGGCUGGGACGGGAGAGUCCCUGGUACCCCACAUGAUUCUGUAUCACCCAGUGAAGCCCACAUUUCAAAGUCUUGGCCUUCUAGGUCCCUGCCUCCCAAACGUCAAUCUCUGAAACAGAUUUUUAGUUCCAUGUGCGAAAAAAAAAAAAAAUUGAAGUCAGAUUGACUCAGCCACAAAAGGGGGACGACUGAGUUCAUAGAACUUAAAACACCCAAGGGUUUCAGGUAUGGCUUGAUCCAAGGGCUCCAAAGGCAUCUUGGGAAAUUGAUCUUCCAUCCUUGGCUCUGCUUUUAUUAGAUUCUCCCAGUUCCAAAUCCCGCUGUGGAAUCUCACUGGCUAGUUCGGGAUCUCAGGCCCUCCAUAAACCAGUCGCCGUGACCCAUGGAAUGGUGGUCUGAUUGGCUGGCCUGAGAUCAUGUGACAGGACUGACGUCAGAGGUUUCUCCCAAGGACAUCAGAGCCCAAACAAAAUUAAGGGCCUGGUGGCUCAUGCCUAUUAUCACACCACUUUGGGAGGUCAAGGCCGGUGGACCAUCUGUCAGGAGUUCGAGACCAGCCUGGCUAACAUGGCAAAACCCCAUCUCU